GGCCAGGCAGAUCAUUCGCCAUUCGACAUACACGAAUGGAGAAAACAGGCUCAUCUGGAAAUCCAAUGGGGAAUGUUCAAGAGGCCUAUUGCUUAGCUGAUUUAGUAGAUGAUGCAAAUUUAGCGCGUUUCAUUUCAUUAAGUAGAGGCGAAACUGCUCAGCCAGAUGGUCAUUUUUGUCACAAUUUCCUUGAUUGUGAUACCAUUAAUGGCUGUUUAGUUCAUAAUCAGUUCGAACCUUUUAUUGGACUUCCAUAUGAUCAUUUCGAUAACCCUCCUAUAACACCAUUUUCUGAUCCACAUUCUCUUUUCAAUAAUUUGCCCAACAGUUACAAUGAACUGAAAGAAGCGCAAGAAGAUGCAUGUGAAUAUUCUUCUGGGACAAUGACAACUACAACCACGUCUGCGCCCAAGAGGAGCAAAAAGGGAGACCGGACAAGAACAUUAGUUCAAGAACAGAGGAGAAGAAGCCGAAUGAAGGACAAGCUAUAUGCGUUACGUGCUUUAGUUCCCAAUAUAACCAAGAUGGAUAAAGCCUCUAUAGUUGGGGAUGCUGCACUAUAUGUUCAAGAUUUGCAAAAGCAGGCUAAGAAGUUAAAGGCUGAAGUUGCGAGCCUGGAGUCAUCACUGACAAGAAUGGAGAGGCAACAAGGAGGCAUACAUGACAAUGAAAACAAGAUUCAAAUUGCAGACUUCUAUCAAACAGUAAAAAUGAUAUUACAGAUACGUGUGUGUCAAGUGGAAGAGAAUGGAUAUUAUGUAAGAGUAGUGUCCAACAAAGGUCAUGGAGUCGCAGCCUCGCUUUACAAAGCUCUUGAUCCUUUAUCCACCUUCAUUCUUCACUCUUCCAACUUGGCUACUCAAAAUGAUACUUUUCUUUCCACAUUCAAUCUGAACGUUAGAGAAGUCGAAUCUGACACGAAUGCACCAAAUAUGAAGCUAUGGGUAGCUGCAGCAUUUCUUAACCAAGGAUUUGAUUUGAAACAACCUCUGUAGGUCUAGCUCUGGACUCGACAUUACAAGUAUGCAGGUGUCCUGUGCACUGUCGACCAUUUGGCCAAGCUUAUUAAUUUGGCCAUCAAACUCGUCAUGCCAUACACCAUCGGACUAAUUUAGCACAAUCUGUGUAUGCCAUAGCAUAUUUGGUUGACUGCUCUACUUUUAAAUGUUGCCUACGGCUUGUGUAGUACACCUCAUUUGCCAGUUUUAUUAUAUCUGCUUGUAGUAAUAUGUUG